GUUUAAUCUGGUCCUGAGGUUGUCCAUUUCCCCGUGGAGUAGCGGCCUGAAGCAUCUCUGACUGUUGCAUUGCGCAGAAAAGCACCCCACAAAGCUGGAGUCCCAACAGCCACCAGUGGCGAUCAGUACCGAUCUCUCCCCCAGACUUGAAGUUGAGGCUCGGCUGGUACAACCUGCUGUGUUAUCAGGAGUCGGGUAAUCAGCUCCCAUUGGAUCCCAAGUCGCCGUUGUGUAUCGGCCAGCCACGGCAUCCCUCGGCGUGACAUGCCAACCACCGCCAUAUUUGCACAUUGCCAUAUGACUACUAUGGUGCCAGUGACACUCUCUACGCUCACCGGUGUUCAUCGGCGUCGCGCGUCGGGACACUUUGGUUGGUUCUCCGACUGCCCUGCGUACGCCUAUCUAUCUAACCGUCUGUCAAUCCUUUACCGCCCACUGUAUUGUGCCGAUCACGGCCAUGGCCGCUCGGUAAACAAAAAGCCUCCAUGUCCCUGUCCAUGUCCUUUCCGUUUCUUCAUCCAUCAUCCACCUCGCCCUCGCCCUUGAGCACCUCUUUCUCUCCCUUUCUUUCCGGUGUUUUCUUCCGAGCCGCCGCGAACCGAACCGAACCCUGUCCAGUCGAGGCUUGCCUUGAAUCAAAAUAUAAUCUGUCGCAAUGGCAAAGUGGUCGAUCGACGAAAAGACCAGCUCGGUCGAGACGGGAGAACCGAUCCACGUCGAACAGCAAGACAUAGGCGAACAUGCAGGUCUUGAUGAUUCAAAUCUCCCCCGAUACGACGAUGCAGAAACCAAGCGGAUUCUACGCAAAGUCGACUACCGCCUAUUACCAAUGUUGACACUAUUAUACGUGCUUGCUUUUCUGGAUCGAGGCAACAUCGGAAACGCCAAAGUCGCCGGGAUGAACAAGGAUCUCAAACUUACGGGAACACAAUAUAACCUGGCAUUAACUGUCUUCUUCUUUCCCUACGCCAUUUUUGAAGUCCCGUCCAAUAUCGUUCUCAAGCUGAUGCGGCCGUCGUGGUGGAUUUGUAUCCUCAUGGUCUCGUGGGGGACGGUCAUGACUCUUCAAGGCAUUGUGCAAAACUACCACGGCCUCAUCAUCACGCGAACAUUGUUGGGGUUAGCUGAGUCCGGAUUUUUUCCUGCUGCAACAUACCUCCUAACAACAUGGUACUGCCGCUUCGAAGUACAAACCCGACUCUCCAUCUUCUUCUCCGCCGCGUCCAUGGCAGGCGCCUUUUCCGGUUUAUUAGCAUUCGCCAUUGAAAAAAUGGACGGAAUAGGCGGCCUAGGCGGCUGGCGCUGGAUCUUCAUCCUCGAAGGGAUCUUCACCACCUUGAUCGGCCUCACCCUUCACUGGACGUUACCCGACUCUCCCGCCACCGCAAGCUUCCUAACCCCCACCGAAAAAUCAUUUAUCAACCGACGCCUCGAACAAGACGCCGGCACCUCCGCAGGCAAAGUCCGCACCGGCGAACCCUUCCAAUGGCGAUACCUUAAGGCGGCCCUUACCGACUGGAAAAUCUACUUUGCCGUCAUCAUCUACUGGGGAAAUAGUAUCGUCUUAUACGCAUUCACAUAUGCCGCGCCCAGCAUCAUCCUGGACCUAGGUUACACUGCCGCGCAAGCCCAAUUGCUCACCAUCCCUAUCUAUUUCCUGGGCGUGAUUUCCACGAUCUUCUUUUCGGUCUUGGCCGAUCGCCAUCGCACUCGGUGGCCGUUCAUCGUGGCUCCCUUUUCCAUGGCUCUGAUCGGAUGUAUCGGCCUCCUAGCUGUUCCGCAUCCAAGAUUGCCUGGACUAACUUAUGCGUUUCUGUUCACCAUCCCUGCCGGAGUGUAUCCGCCGUUGAUUGGUUGUUUGUCUUGGGUGGGCAACAACUUGGCUCCGACGUGGAAGAGAGCUAUUGGGAUGGCAUUGCUCAUUUCGAUCGGAAACCUCGGUGGUGCGAUUGGUUCGAAUAUCUUUAUUGCGAAGCAGGCUCCGCAUUAUUGGUUGGGUUAUGGUAUUGCUACGGGCAUUGUGGCUGCUGCUAUUGCGUCCACGUUCGUCCUGAGGAUCGCUUACAGUAUGCUCAAUAAGAGGCGCGAUUUGAUGGAUGAGGAGGAAAUCAGAGCAAAGUAUUCUGAGGACGAACUACUGGACUUGGGUGACAAGUCGCCCUUGUACCGCUAUGUUAUUUGAUGCCUAAGAUCCAGUCCCCGGCUUGGCUGGAACGUCACGUCGCGAAACUAGAACGGCGAAAGACACUUUUGUUUGCAACUUGGUUGCUUUUUGCGGCUAGAAAAGCAUACAUAAACAUUUCUGUCCAUUCUUGGCCAGCGUGUAUGGACUAGACUAGAUCCACCCUUGUCAUCAAUUUUUCCCAUUCUAUCCUGUAUCUACGUUGGCACCACGUCGACCACACGUGUUACUUUGAAAUCUGGAGCUCGUGAUUGCCC